CCCCUAAAUCUAAUUAUCCCCCAUUCGGCCAUUCCCAUUUCCCCCUCAGUUCCUCCAUUUCCUCCUUCGCAGAAUCGCAGCCAGCCAGCCACCGCCGUCGCCUCCCAUAGUCCCAUUCCCCUCAAUUCUAAUCAGUAAUCAGUCUCAAUCACUCGAAAUCUCUAAAUUCAUUUUUCCCCUCCUUUCAAACUUCAACUGGGGUUUUCUUAAGCUGAUUGAUGGACUAAAGUCUUAAAACUUUUGGGCUAUUAGAGAGUUUUCUAUGAUUGCUUUAUUGGUAAUCUCAGAGGUGAGAAGCUCACUGGAAAUAGGAUGUGAAGCUUCUAUACAGGAAGGAAGGAUUACAUUCAUUUGCUGCAUUUAGUGCUACAAGUGCCAAAGGGCACUGCUUCACCAGAAAUCAUCCUUCAAUGUUUAUUUUUUUGUAACUAUCUUCAAACCAUGAAGUUUUCUGUAGUUUUCAAAUCCUUGCGUAGCUAUCCCGCUCUUCGUGUGGUUACUGGCCCUCUACAGUCUCGUGCAUUUCAGCCUGAUUUCAUUCCCAGGGAUCCCAAAUCAAAGCCCGUAAGACACAAGUAUCCUGCUUUCUAUGAUCCUUAUGGCCCUAGACCCCCACCUUCAGAUAAGAUCAUUUGGCUUGCAGAACAGAUUGCAGCCCUGUCUCCUGAAGAGCGUAAUUUGAUUGGUCCCAUGCUUAGAGACAGACUAAGGCAUCCUAAGAUUCAACCAGUUUUAGUGGAGGGCAUGGACUUGGGUCCUCAGGGAGGGUCUGGUGCUGGGUCUUCAAAGGCUGAGGAGAAGAAGGUUGAAAAAACUGCAUUUGAUGUCAAGUUAGAAAAGUUUGAUGCUGCUGCAAAAAUUAAGGUGAUCAAAGAGGUUCGUGCUUUCACAAAUUUGGGGUUGAAGGAAGCCAAAGAUUUAGUUGAGAAAGUACCAGUUUUAAUUAAGCAAGGUAUCACUAAAGAAGAGGCAAAUGAUAUUAUAGAGAAGAUCAAGGCUAUAGGGGGAGUUGCUGUUAUGGAGUAGAUUUUCACCGAGUUUUGUAUGCUUUCUUUGAACUGUUAUCAAAGUUCUAUUGCCAGUUUUUCGCUCUGAUAGAGAAACAACUGCCAUUCUGAAGAUGUUGUUCUUGCAUAUUCAAAAGAAUGAAAUUUUCCUUGCUAGGUAGAGGAGGAACAUUAUAUUUUCCUUCAAAUUUGGUUUUCAUACUUGAUAUUUUGUGUUGACCCUUAAUGGGAUUUUGGGAUACGGAUGGGCCACCAGGGAAAUUGGCUUAACAGAUGUCUAGUUUGUGUAAAAUUGCUGGUGUAUGAUAUUGGAAUUAUUGCUGAUUUAGCUGUGGUUGCAACUUACAAGUAGUAUGUUUGCUUC